GGCUGCCAGCGGGGCAGGAGAGGGGCCGAGAUCCCCGGCCCAGGCUGGGAUAACCCUCACCGGCUCCAAGGAGCUCGGCCCAGCCCGGCUCCCCCUCCGCGCCGUGAGAAAGCGGCCGGGGCGCUGCGGCCGCCCUGGGCCGGCCUCCUCCUGCCAGCCGAGUCCCCUCCUCCCCGCUGCCUUCCCGGCGGCGGAGGGGCGGUCGCGGGCGGCUGAGCCGCUCGGGGCCCGGCAGCGCUGCCCAUGGGGGAGAGCGGGGUGCCCCCUCAGGUCCAGCUCUUCCUCCGCGCCUGCGAGCAGGGCGACUGCGAGACCGCCCGACGCCUCUUGGGGCUGCCCGGCGGCGGCGGCGGCGACCCCGCGGCCCCUUCCUCCUCUUCGUGCGGCCCCGAGGAGACGGCGGCAGAGCCCCGCGGCGAAGCGUCGUCCCCGCCGAGCCCCGCCGUGCCCGUGGACUGCACGGACGAGGCCGGCAACACGGGGCUGCAGUUCGCCGCGGCGGGGGGGCACGAGCAGCUGGUGCGCUUCCUGCUGCGGAAGGGCGCCUCGGUGCAGAGCAGGAACCACUACGGAUGGAGCCCCCUCAUGCAAGCGGCCAGGUUUGGACAUCUAAGCGUGGCCCACAUCUUGCUGGAGAAUGGUGCUGAUCUCAAUGCACAGAACAAGUUAGGAGCCAGUGUCCUCACAAUGGCCUCCAGAGGUGGUCAUGUCAGCAUGGUGAAAUUGUUGCUGGAAUCUGGAGCUUUUGUGGACAAUUAUGACCAUUUUAGCACAAAUGUACUUAACAGCAGCAGAGAUGACCUUCCUGAUAUCACUCCACUGAUGGCAGCUGCUCAGCAUGGACAUGAGGCAGUGGUGCAUCUGUUGCUAGACUGGGGAGCUGAUUGUAACUACACUAUAAAGACUAUGGGCUGGAGCCCUUUAAUGCUGGCAGCCGUUAGUGGAAAGGUGAGCUUGGCACAGCAGCUCAUGGAGAAAGGUGCCAAUCCUGAUCACUUGAAUGUACUACAUAAAACACCUUUUGAAAUCUCUGUUGGCUUCAAACACAAAGACAUGAAGGAGUAUUUGGAAUCUCUCACAACGAUUAGGCCUCAGGCAGAUGCAGAAAAGAGGCAACCUGAUGUCUUUCAUGCUUUGAAAAUGGGAAACUUUCAGCUGGUUAAAGAGAUCAUUGAUGAAGAUCUGAGUCAGGUUAAUGUUACCACUGUUGAUGGUGCAUCUCCUUUAAUGAUUGCGGCUGUAACAGGACAGCUGCCCCUUGUUCAGUUCCUUGUUGAGAAGAAGGCUGAUAUUGAUAAGCAGGAUAAUGUUCAUGGCUGGACAGCACUAAUGCAGGCCACGUACCAUGGAAACAAAAAUGUUGUAAAGUACUUGUUAAAUCAAGGAGCUGAUGUUAACCUUCGUGCGAAAAAUGGAUACACAGCUUUUGACCUGAUAAUGCUGCUGAAUGAUCCAGAUACAGAGCUUGUAAGGUUACUGGCAUCAGCAUGCAUGCAAGUAGAUAAAGACAAGAAUAAAGUGAACAACAGAUCAUCUCUGCCUCGUUCCAGAAGUAGGCAAUCCUUAAAUGUCCCAAUCUUGCCAGAUGACAAAGGAGGCCUAAAGUCCUGGUGGAGCAGGAUGUCCAAUCGAUUCCGCAAGCUGAAGUUGACUCAGACAUUGCGCCAUGGAUUUCCUUCUAAUCAGUUUGUGCCUUUUCCGGAUGAGACUGAACCAUCAUUAAAUUCCACUAUAAAAGUACCCUCACAGAGUGAUACAGACAUCUCUGGAAACCUUGAUGCUGCUCCAGCUUGGAACACAAAUAACAAAGCUAGUGGUGCAAACACUGUGAAAGGAGAAAAGGACAAUGAAUUAUUGACAACUAUGCUGAGGAGUAGUGCUCCAUUUACCAGACUGCCCAGUGAUAAGCUGAAAGCAGUGAUACCACCUUUCUUACCACCCUCAAGCUUUGAGCUUUGGAAUUCUGACCGAACCCGACUCAGCAAGGAUGGCAGAGCUGAACAGAUGAGAACUGCCUGGCCACAGAGAGCAGUCAAGCACGAUUUUAACAGCAGUGGGAACUCUGAUAUAACAUCUGUUAGCAAAGGUACUAGACCUGUCAAAUUGCCAACAUUUGCAAGAAGACCAGCAUCUCCUUCAAAUUCCAAUAACUUCAACCAUUCUCCCCAUUCUUCUGGUGGAUCUAAUAACAUUGCAGGAAUUAACAGGCAUGGAGGAGAACUGCAUAACAGAUCAGGUGGCAGUGCAGAUAAUGUUUUGUCUCAGAUUGCAGCCCAAAGAAGAAAAGCAGCCGGCUUACCUGAACAGAAACCCAGCCAACAGCACAGUCCAGUCCAGUCAACUCCUUCAUCUACUGUGUCAGAUUUGCAGUGUGCUCAGAUUGUUGGCAAUGGAAAUGUUGUAAAGCAAAAACUGGAGAUUAACAAAAGACCUCCAUCUGGGACUUCAUCUACGUCUAAAAGCACAUCACCAACUCUCACACCUUCUCCAUCACCUUCCCCAUCUCCAAAGGUUCAAAAUGCAGAGUCUUCUGUCUCUUCUUCUCACAGACACGCCAAGAGCAAUGGCUCCAGCAGUGGUACUAUUACAGAGGAUGGCAACCAUUUGGUGGACCAUCAACAACUUGGCCCUAUUCUGAGAGCCAGUGAUGUAGACAAUUUUGAAAGACGAAACCAUGUGAGAGUAAAAGAGGGCUCUGAAAACUUGGAAAAAGAUGAGCUGACUGGCAUCCUUAAAAAAUUGUCACUUGAGAAAUAUCAGCCUAUAUUUGAGGAACAGGAGGUGGAUAUGGAAGCUUUCCUCACACUUACUGAUGGUGAUUUGAAAGAGUUGGGUAUUAAAACAGAUGGAUCAAGGCAGCAAAUUUUGGCAGCUAUUUCUGAACUGAAUGCAGGAAAGGGUCGAGAGAGACAGAUUUUACAAGAAACUAUACACAACUUCCACUCUUCCUUUGAGAGUAGUGUUAGUAACACACGACCACCAGGUCAUUCCCAAUCUCCUGGCUGCUCUUUAAAACCACAAGAAGCCGCUUCUUCUAAAAGUUCAACCUAAGUGUUGAAUUCUUCAAGGCAACAGUGGUCUGAAUUUAAGAAGAACAAAGUCAGAAGAGCAGGAAGAAUGGGUGAUGUGCAAGAAGAUGGAUGUUCCAUUCCACUCUUGCCCGUAGAUGAAGAACCCACAGGAGACCAACAUGGGCACAAGUCAAGAGGAACCAAAAGCGUGGAAGAAGGCAAGAAGGACGCCACAAAUUGUGAUCCCCUUCUACAUGGGGAAAUACAUAAGCUGAAUAUGCCUCUUGAUUGGAUACAGAUAAAGGAGUCUAGAUUGAAAAUGUAAUGAUUUCAUGGGAAGAAAUACAAAGGAGAAGUAAUGCUGCAUUCUUCAAUAACCAAAAUAUAUUUUAUCUAUUCAGUAUUAUGAGGUUAGAACAGCACUAAAAGUAAAAACAAAAUACCUAUUUGUAAAAACACCACUUUAUUUGAGUAAAUGCAUAAUCUGUCACCAAUAUUUAAACAGAAAGAAUGUUAAAAUAUUUUAUAUUGCUAACUAAUUUUUUGAGAAUAAAACCAUUUACAUGAUAUUGGCUGGGGUUUUUUUGAAUAGUAACACUGGUAUAUCCUUAAAGAUACAUGUUUAUAACGAUUUUGUAGCAGGUUUGAAAUGAAAGUUACAGUAAUUACAAGUAGAAAUAAUUUUCUGCUUAGUAAAUAUCAUUUUUGUUAAGCAGUUAAAAUGCAAAUCAUCAGGAAUUAAAAUACAGUUCAUCAGAAGCCUCUGACACUAUGUUUAUCUUUCUGAAGACUCAAGUACUGCAGGUACUCAGGCACUGCAAGAAGAUCUCUGAGCUCCAGUUACCUGAGUGCUCUCAGUAUAUAACUAAAGAUUUUACAUUUCUCCAUGCUCCUGACAGUUCAUGGCUGCUUUUUCUGCCUUUGAGAGGAGAUAAGUUUGAGACAGAGUCCUGUAUUGUGUGUCUGUGUGUCAGGGCUGGCACGGGCAGCUCUUUAAACUCUGCUGUUGGCAGCGGAGGUCUUGUGGGUACCAUCACCAGGGCCUCAAAACCCAGUAUCUCUCUGGGCUAGACCAGGAGUUUGAUUCAGUUGUUCAGACCUCUGCUGGCAUUUGCCAGGCCCUAAGGCAUCCCAGAAGGGAUGCCAGACAUGACACUACAUGAGGGUUAUGAUCAGGUUAUUCAUUGCAGUCACUUGGACAAAGAGACCAUUCAGAGAUGGGGACUGUAGUUUCAUUGUCUUGUCCUGAUUUGUCACAGACUUUCAAAGGCGAAAGCUUUUUUUUUUUAAUUCCUGUUUUUUUUAUUCCUGUUUACUGUUCAUUUUCUGUGUCCUCCUUUUCAGUUUAAAUGAAAAUCUUUGUUGGCAAACUUUGCUUACCUCAUAAUGAAAAGUGAUACCUUCUGGGUUUUACCAAAGAAGAAAAUCCUACAAAAACCAGUUCUUGUUAUGAUUCAGUCUAGUGUUACAGGUCUGACUAAUCUGGAGUUAUUAACCUAAGAUUUUGCUGAGGAGUACUGUUAUUUUACAAGAAGCUUUUAUAAGUUUCUUUGAAUUUAAUUUUCUUUUUCUGUACUUUGAGCAUUAAUGAAGAUCUGAUUUUAAAUAAAGAUACUUUGUUAUCUGGAAAUUA